CAAUGGAGGUCCAUUCCAGUCAGAAGAUAAACAAGAGAGAAAACUGGGGAAUGUGACUAAUUGGAAAUUAUUUGUGAAAUUAUUAUAAUGAGCUAUAUUUAUAUGACAAUUUUAUUUUUAUAUGAACUGGAAUUGAAUUGAUUCACAUUAAACCCAGACAGUCGGACUAGGGUGUGAAAUGGAAGAUGUAAAAUGUAAACUGAGAAUUCUGUCAGAGAGGUUAGCUAGAUUCCGACAGAAAGCUUGAAUUCUUUAAGUUACAUCACCCUAAAUAACGAAACGUUUGUAACGCCUUGUACAUUAUUACAUUGCACGCGAUAAUUACAUAUAUUGUACUUUUUGGAAGGGGCCCUGUGCACGCGUUUCAAGUCAGAUUAAUCUAUCUGUAAGGUUAGUAGCUAGAAUUUGUGCAUUGCGCUGAAUCGAUAAGUAGCAGUUGCUAGCUAUCGCAAUCUUGCUCAAUUUCAUAUUAAGAAUCUGCUUAUUUCGACCACCCUAAGUCAUAUGGUGUACAGUCAGUUACUUGAUUUCUCACAGGUCCAGCUACAUUUUGACCGUGUGCAGUUGGUAGCGAGCUGAUGUUAGGCUAGCUAGCUAUUUCGGUAGAAAUGUCAUGCGUUUCAAAUAGUGACUGUCGUGCUAAAUUGAUUACAGGACAUUAAUCUAGCGAACCACAACUGCCCCUUGAGAUGUAAGCCAUGGUACAUGUAGCAUUUACAGGCGCUAGCUAAUCCACGCACGUGGUUUCAUGUCCAUUUCUCAUUAGCUAGUUGCCAGGAUAGGAGGCUAUAGAAGAGUUAUAGCUAGCUACCUAUCCUAGCUAGAUAGCAAACUUUGCUAUGGCUGAACCUCGGAGAGUGCAAUUGACUAGUCUUUCUGGCAAUAUCCCCAUUCCUUCAACUUUACUUAAGCUACCCUUAAAAGAAGAGUUAACCAUUACAACAUCAGGGAAUGAUGUGCAUACGGCCAUUUCAGAAAAGUCUGAAACAACUUCGCGAAUUGUCCUUGCUCUUUUUGAGCCGGAUCAACGGCGCUGUCCAGAGUUUUAUUAUCCUGAACUUGUGAAGAAGAAGAGCAGUUCACUCAAAAAGCCAAUAAAAAGUUUGGAGGAGGUUGAAGAGGAGAAGCACAGAGAGGAGGCAGAAGCUCUUGCCAAGAGGUUUGAAGAAAAAUAUGGAGGAAACAAACGCAAGAAGGACCGCAUGCAGGACCUGAUUGAUAUGGGCUAUGGCUAUGACGAAACGGAUUCAUUCAUUGACAACUCCGAGGCAUAUGAUGAGCUUGUUCCAGCCUCACUCACAACCAAGUAUGGAGGAUUUUACAUCAAUUCUGGAAUGCUGCAGUUUAGGCAGGCAUCUGAAUCUGAAGCUGAUGAUUUCACUGAUGAGAUGAAGAAAAUAAAGGCUCCAAAGAAGAAAAAAUUAAAGGACGGAGGGGAUGUAAAAUUAAUCAAGAAGAAGACAAAAGAUGGGCAGCAUAAAAAAUCCAAAGUUUCAAAGAUGGGCAUCAUGCCUCUCAAUUCCACGGAGGAAAAGAAGAAGAAAAAGAAGCAUUCUGGUGCCCUGAGUGUCAAUGAAAUGCUGAAGACUUUCCAAAGAGAGAAAGAAUCUUCAUUAACAGAGCCAAAGCCACCACAGAUCAGCCAGCCCAUGACUCUCUCAGUUCGAGAGAUGGACCCCAGCUUAAGUGUGGCAGAUCCUCUUCUCUCUCUCAUUGGAUCUGCUAAUGAGAGCGAUUUCUUCCAGGCAGCUAGUACCAUUGACUUUGACAUUGACCUGGACAAGCUACUCUAUGAAUCACCAGAGCCUAGUCCUCCAGGCUUAGAUGAGAACAGCGACCCUCUGUCUGCAGUGCAGUCUCAGAAACAACCCCUUUCGCUCCCAGAAGGAUUACCACCGGCUUUGGAAAGGCGUAUUAAAGAACUGACUCAGGCUGCUAAAGCCUCAGAGGGAGAAGGAAAGCAGAAAUUUUUCACUCAAGAUAUUAACAACAUGUUACUUGACAUUGAGCUUCAAUCCAGAGAGCUGAACAGCCAAAUGCGCUCUGGAAUCUACGCACACCUGGCCUCUUUUCUCCCAUGCAGCAAGGACACAUUGGUCAAAAGAGCAAAGAAGCUGCAUUUACAUGAGCAGGAUGGCCGUCUCAAAGAACCACUUCAAAGGCUGAAAGAAGCCAUUGGCAGAUCCAUGCCUGGACAGAUAAGCAAGUACCAGGAUGAGUGCCAGGCUCACACUCAGGCCAAGUUUGCAAAAAUCUUGGAGGAGGGUAAAGAAAAAGAAUCGAAAGAUAAGGCAUACUCUGAUGAUGAUGAUGAAGAAGAGAAGAGUGGCAAGCGGGUUAUGGGACCCAGGAAAAAGUUCCAGUGGAAUGAUGAGAUAAGGGAGUUUCUUUGCAAUGUUGUCAGGCUUAAAAUGGGUAGCUAUGAACUGGAGAGAAACAAGUCCCAAAAUGCAGAAGAGUAUUUGAAGGCUUUUCUGGAGGCUGAAGUUAAACCGCUUUGGCCAAAAGGAUGGAUGCAAGCCAGGAUGCUGUUCAAAGAGAGCCGGAGAGCACAUUGUCACAUUACGUGUCUACCGACCAAAAAGAAAGUCAUAACCGCCCCAAAAAUAAAAAACAAGGAGCCGUUUGUGAAACUGGAGAGAAAGGGGACCUUCUUCGGCAAUGCACCAACCCCCACUGGGAGCACUGUGUUGGGGUCUGGGAGUCCAUCAGUGCUGGCCUCGGGGUCUGAGAGCUCGUCAGUGGGCCCCCAUGGAUGCUGCGGUCCUCACUGCGCUCCAGUCCAUGCCCCCAACAGCAUUCAAGCCUUCAGUAUGGAUGACUCGCUGGACGGAGAUCUGCUUCAUAACCCCCCUUCGCUGGGGGCAGUUUCCGAGGAGCUGGCGGCCCUCAACAGCGACGCGAGAGGCAGCCCCGAUUUCUGCUUUUCCGCCGUACACAAGCCUGCCCCUGACAGCGUUCCCGCCUCGGCCCUGCUGGAGGAGAGGAACGCCGUGCCGAAGCUGUCUGAAACCACGUCCAUGGCUACGUCACAGUCGCCGCUCAACCUUUUAGCUGAGCAAGCGCUAGCACUCGGGCAGCUCUCCCAAGACGGGAAAACCGAAAACACCCAGCUGCUGAUUCUCCCCGGCUACAAGGAGCUGCUGUCCCAUGCAACCCUCUCUGCCAAAGCCUUGUCUGACAGUAUGCAGGCCAAAGAGAGGAGCUUCAAUCAGCCAGGAACCAGCCACUCUCCUUUACCUUCUCCAACCCUGAAGCCUUUCCUACAGCACAGCCAACGCCAGAAACACUUUCCCACGCCAAUGCAGUACAACCUGGGCAGUUCCCAAAAUAAAGCAUCAAAAUACUUUCACCCGUGCUCAGGCGUACAGCAGCCCAAGGCCGCGUCGAAAGCACAGGCUUUUCAGUCCCUCUCCUCCUCUCCGCCCAACAACGGCCACCCCGCGUCCAUCAGCAUAGCCAGCAUGAUUCCCUCUAAAGGGUCCGCCCUGACCUACCUGCCGAAACACGGCUCCACGCCUAGCCCCUCCGGCCUGGCCUUCAAGCCCGAGUUCUCCCUGCCGGGCACUCCCCAGGGCAGCGCGGCCCAGUGCCUCUCUGGCUCUCACGGCCCGGCCACCGGCGCGAAGUCCCCCUCUCCCAGCCAAGCCCCGUGCCUGCAGUCGCCCAGCACCACAGUAAAGAAAGCUCCCUCCUCUCAGAAACUCACCCUGGUGGCACCUCCUGGUGGCUCUAACGGGGACUCUGCCAUGGGCAUUCAGGGUGUAGCCAGACUCCUCACUUCCUCACUGAACCCUGCUGUGGCACCCCCCGUGUCUGCCCCAGUAGCUGCUGUGAGUCAAGUCACAAAGAGCGGGGCAUCUGUGCUGUCAAGUGCCCCGUCUCUUAACCUCCUGUCACCAUCAUUUACUACAGCGGGCCAGAAGCUGACCCCAGGGACGCUCGGGAUUCUCCCUGGCAUCGUCCCUAUGCACACAUUUAGUUUCCCCGUCAUCUUCAACCCGGAAUCCGCAUCCCAAAAGAUGGGAUCGAAAGACGCCAUCGUCACCGGGCCCGCCCCGGGGACGUUUCACCACGGACUGACUCACAGUAUAUUUGGUGGUUUGCAUUCUAGCACGCUCCACCCACCGCAACUCCCACAAUCCACUCUGUCCUCCCAUUUACAGCAAAGCCUACAAGAUGGGAGCAAAGUCCACGGAGAGAGCGCAAACGCACAGAGAAAGUUGCAAUGAAGUCUCAAAGACGAAAAAAAAAACGCUGCUAGUUUCAACUGAGGCAACGUUGAUAAAACUCAAUUGCUUUAAUGUUCUUAUAGUGUUGUGGUGGUGAUGGAAGGAUUGUUUCAAUGUGACGUAAAAGUCGGAAAUGCACAAUGCAACUUGCACUUAGUUCCCCAACUGAAAUCGUACUUUUAUAAUGUAUUGUGGAAGUGUAGAUCAGUUGAGAAAAGGUAGAGGGUUAUACCUGACGAUUAACACUGAAUGUAAUGAAGGUGUUUUAACAUGUUCAGGGUCCUGUGUCUUAAAACCACCCCUUUUUAAAAAAAAUAAAAAAAUAAAUAAAAAUGCAUUGUUGCAUAUGGUGUGCUGUACAGUGAGAAAUUGCACUCAAAUUAGUCAUUUUGCCAAAUGAACAACUAUGGAGAAACUUGGUUGUUGUGGAUUGUAAAAUGAAUUUUGAAACGUGAUCUACAAUUUAUGUUGCUAAGUUGAUUUGUAUUGAACUUUUUGUUAUAACUUAAGUACGGCACUCAUUUGUAUUGCUUUAUUUCUAUAUUUCUUUUUGUUUCCCAAGUUGGGGUCGGAGGAUUCAUGGAGUAUUUUCAUCCUUGUUAUGGUUUUGAAUAACUACACUGUAAAAUCAUGGGACCAUUUUUCUACUGUAUACUUAUGUAAAUUGCAUUGAGUGCGGCAUUUUUCUGCUUUGUGCUGAAUAUGUGCUAUAAUAAAAUGGGAAAUAGCAUUUAACAUGCCUUUCCCAAAAUGUUAUUUUCAGAGUACAACUGACUAAUGAUAGAUGACUAAAAGCAAUUUAAAUGCACUUGUUUAAAAGAAAAAUCUGAAAUGAUAUCCUGAGAUAAAAUCUGAAGGGUUACAUUUUUUGCAGUGUUUAUAUUAUAAUUUGCUCAAAAUUCUAGUUUGUUAAAAAUAAUAUUAGUAUUAUCAUGACUAUUAAAGAAUGAAAAAGGCCUUUAUAAAAAUGGAAAGUCAAUUUGGGUCCCAUUUAUGGUGAGAUUAAGCUGUCUGUGGAAAAUUUAUUGAACAUUUGUUAAAUCUCAGGACUUAAAGCUAUAUAAGUUUGAGCAAUUUACUUGAACAUUUGAAGGUUUGUAAAUUGUACUGCAUAUGUGAUGCUCUAGAUUGUCUACUGUAUGUAAAAUGGCACUUUUUAAAUGCUUCGUUGUUCUUACAAUGUUUGUAGUGGAAACGGAUUUCAAAGAAGUCGGUUAUAUUUACCUUGUAAAAAGUGCUUCAUGUUUUGUAUUUCUAAAUUUAUUUAAAUGAAAAAAUGCAUUAAACUGACUUGAAUAAAAAAAUUA